GGCAGCACAAUCAACACAGAGGAGUAUAAAGGUUCCGACCACUCAGAGACCUGGCACGAUCACUCACUCCCUCACUCACUCCCACACUCACUCACUCACAUCUCCCCCAGCUCACCUCCUCCCCACCCCAGCAUGGCCGCGUCCACCAUGUCCAUCUGCUCCAGCACUUGCUCUGACUCCUGGCAGGUGGACGCCUGCCAAGAGAGCUGCUGUGAGCCCCCCUGCUGUGCCCCCAGCUGCUGCGCCCCGGCCCCCUGCCUAAGCCUGGUCUGCACCCCAGUGAGCUGUGUGUCCAGCCCCUGCUGCCAGGCGGCCUGUGAGCCCAGCCCCUGCCAAUCAGGCUGCACCAGCUCCUGCACACCCUCAUGCUGCCAGCAGUCUAGCUGCCAGCCGGCUUGCUGCACCUCCUCCCCCUGCCAGCAGGCCUGCUGCGUGCCUGUCUGCUGCAAGCCAGUCUGCUGUGUGCCCGUCUGCUGCAAGCCUGUGUGCUGCAUACCUACCUGCUCUGAGGAUUCCUCUUCAUGCUGCCAGCAGUCUAGCUGCCAGCCAGCUUGCUGCACCUCCUCCCCAUGUCAGCAGUCCUGCUGUGUGCCCGUCUGCUGCAAGCCUGUCUGCUGCAAGCCUGUCUGCUGCAAGCCCAUCUGCUGUGUGCCCGUCUGCUCUGGGGCUUCCUCUUCAUGCUGCCAGCAGUCUAGCUGCGUGAGCUGUGUGUCCAGCCCCUGCUGCCAGGUGGCCUGUGAGCCCAGCCCCUGCCAAUCAGGCUGCACCAGCUCCUGCACACCCUCGUGCUGCCAGCAGUCUAGCUGCCAGCCGGCUUGCUGCACCUCCUCCCCCGGCCAGCAGGCCUGCUGCGUGCCCGUCUGCUGCAAGCCUGUGUGCUGUGUGCCCGUCUGCUGUGGGGCUUCUUCAUGCUGCCAACAGUCUAGCUGCCAGCCAGCUUGCUGUGCCUCUUCCUCCAGCCAGCAGGCCUGCUGUGUGCCUGUCUGCUGCAAACCUGUGUGCUGUGCGCCCACCUGCUCUGAGGAUUCCUCUUCCUGCUGCCAACAGUCUAGCUGCCAGCCAGCUUGCUGCACUUCCUCCCCCUGCCAGCAGGCCUGCCGUGUGCCCGUCUGCUGUAAGCCUGUCUGCUGCAAACCCGUCUGCUGUGUGCCUGUCUGCUCUGGGGCUUCCUCUCUGUGCUGCCAGCAGUCUAGCUGCCAGCCGGCUUGCUGCACCACCUCCUGCUGCAGACCCUCCUCCUCCGUGUCCCUCCUCUGCGGCCCCGUGUGCAGGCCUGCCUGCUGUGUGCCCAUCCCCUCCUGCUGUGCCCCCACCUCCUCCUGCCAGCCCAGCUAUUGCCGCCAGGCCUCCUGUGUGUCCCUCCUCUGCCGCCCUGUGUGCUCCCGCCUGGCCUGCUACAGCUUCUCCUCAGGCCAGAAGUCCAGCUGCUGACGGCCAUGUCCCCCAGGGCCAGCCGGGCUCAGGCCCCACCUCCCUGCCAGUCCUUGGAAGCCCCUGACCUCCCAGCCCACCCAGCCUCAGCACAGCUCAACGCAGAAGGAGCAGCCCCACCCACAGCCGCCCAGCCCUGGGGCGGAGUCUCAGAUGCACACUGGCUCCUCCCUGACCUCCCCCCCCCGGGCGGGCGAGUCCUGGCUGCUCCUCACGGUGCUUCCUGGCUGCAGACCACAACCCUCCGC